AGCGUGGGGGAGGGGAGGGCGGCCGUCCGGGGGAGGCGUGGAGGGCCGGGGGCAGCGAGGGGCUGAGGGUCAGGGGAGCGAUCGCUCCAGUCGGCCCGCCAUCCGCGGGUCCGGCCCUGAAUACCGGCUCUCCUCCCCGGGCCCUUUGUCCCCAAGCCUUUCCAGAGUGAGCUGAAGAAGGCAACACAAAAGGAGGGCGGUGGCGAGAGGCGCAGGCGCCGGAGGCGUGGAGCCUGCUGGGAGUAGUGGUCCACCUCGCGACGCUUGGCCCCAGCGCGCAGGCGUCAUCACUUCCGCCUCGCCUGGGCCCGCCCUAUCUGCCCGCCUCCGGAGGAGCCGUCCCUCUAGUAGUGCAAGCCCCAGAGGAGUUACCCGUCGUCGCCAUGCCUCUCCUUCGUCUUCAUUGGCCAUUGAGAGAUCCUGAAGGAGCUGGAUGAGUACUAUGAGAAGUUCAAGCGUGAGACGGAUGGCGCCCAGAAGAGGCGGCUCCUGCACUGCAUCCAGCGAGCCCUGAUCCGGAGCCAGGAGCUGGGGGACGAAAAGAUCCAGAUCGUGAGUCAGAUGGUGGAGCUGGUAGAGAACCGGGCCAGGCAGGUGGACAGCCAUGUGGAGCUCUUUGAGGCCCACCAGGAGAUCAGCGACACCACCGGCGGCAUCGGCAAGGCCGGCCAAGAUAAGUCGAAGAACGAGACAAUCAACUCGGCAGAAAAGCCGAACAACAAGCGGUCCCGGCGGCAGCGGAACAAUGAGAACCGGGAGAAUGCUGCAAAUAAUCACGACCACGAUGACAUCACCUCAGGGACGCCCAAGGAGAAGAAAGCGAAGACCUCCAAGAAGAAGAAACGCUCCAAGGCCAAAGCGGAGCGGGAGGCGUCCCCCGCGGACCUCCCCAUCGACCCCAACGAGCCGACGUACUGUCUGUGCAACCAGGUCUCCUACGGGGAGAUGAUCGGCUGCGACAACGACGAGUGCCCCAUCGAGUGGUUCCACUUCUCCUGCGUUGGCCUCAACCAUAAACCCAAGGGCAAGUGGUACUGUCCCAAGUGCCGGGGGGAGAACGAGAAGACGAUGGACAAAGCCCUGGAGAAGUCCAAAAGAGAGCGGGCUUACAACAGGUAGUCUGCGGGCGCUCGCUCGCCGACGGACAGACAGACGGACCGCGUAUUUAUUCCGCCCGCCGGGCCGAGGGGCGGCCUCGCGCUCCCUGGCGCUCUGAUGUCCGGACGGCGGUCUGUGGGCCAGUGUUUUAGAAACUGCAAAUAUAGGUUUGAAUUCAGUACAUCAGUGAGUCUCAGACUGGUUCUUGGGGGCGGGAUGUGAGGAAAGAUUUCACUUCACUGUCUCCUCCUAAUAAAAACGUCAGCGCCAGGCGGGUCAGGCUGCUGAAACUGUAGCCUGUGGCAAUGUGUGUCUUGCUGCCAUCGUGUACAUCCGUGCAACAAUUGCGUGACAGAGGUUUCAAGUUGAAAGGUUGUUUUUGCAGAAGGUAAAUGGUUCAGUUGUACAUGACAGGAAUUUUAUAUGUUGGCCUGGUCCCCAGAAGGCCUGUCCUAAGUACCGCUGUGUCUUCAUCAAGUCAAGCCGCAGUGCUCUAAGUCUCGAAAUUGUGACCCUGCGUCCCCUGCCGGUAUCACAGCGGCCGCCUCUGCCUUUGCCAUGCUACACAUGGGGUGUGUAACAGUAUCUUCCGAGUCCCUGCCUUGCUUGUGACAGUCACGAGUGCAGCCAGUGUGCUGCUGCUGCUGUGUGUGUGAGAGCUGUGCAGACUGAAGACCAGAAAUAAAAGAAGCUUGGCCGGUCGUUG